CAGGUAACCGAUAAGAUGGCGGCCGGGGAAGCGACUGGGCACAGCUACCUGGUGGCUUGCUGGCAGCCCAUUCUGAUCCUGAUGCUGGGCACCGUGCUGUCUGGCUCCACCACAGGCUGUCCUUCCCGAUGUGAGUGCAAUGUUCAAGAGCGCUCUGUGAUGUGCCACCGCAAGAAGCUCAUGACAGUUCCUGAGGGCAUUCCUGCAGAAACAAGACUGCUGGACCUCAGCAAGAACCGCAUUAGAACCAUCAACCCAGACGAGUUUGCCAACUUUCCCAACCUCGAACACCUGGAGCUCAGUGAAAACACGAUCUCCACUAUUGAACCUGGAGCUUUCAACAACCUUUACGGCUUGCGGACAUUGGGGCUUCGUAGCAACAAGCUUAAGCUGAUUCAGCUUGGUGUCUUCACAGGCCUGAGCAAUCUCACGCAGCUGGACAUAAGUGAGAACAAGAUCGUCAUCCUGUUGGACUACAUGUUCCAGGAUUUGUACAACCUCCGGUCUUUAGAGGUGGGUGAUAACGAUCUGGUUUUCAUCUCUCAUCGGGCUUUUCAUGGCCUAAGUAGCCUUGAGCACCUGAGUCUUGAGAAGUGCAACUUGUCCUCUGUGCCAACAGAGGCUUUUACCCACCUCCACAGUUUGAUCACGCUCAGGCUGCGCCACCUCAAUAUCAAUGUUAUACGGGAUUACUCCUUUAAACGGCUCUAUCGGUUGAAAGUGUUGGAAAUAGCCAAUUGGCCAUAUUUGGAUACGAUGACCCCAAAUUGCUUGUAUGGAUUAAAUCUCACCUCCCUGACUAUUGCAAAUGCCAACCUGACCACAAUUCCUUAUGUAGCCCUGCGGCACUUGGUUUAUUUGCGCUUUCUUAAUCUUUCAUAUAACCCUAUCCAUACCAUUGAGGGGAAUAAGCUCCAUGAUCUUCUGCGUUUGCAGGAAUUUCACCUGGUAGGUGGCAGACUGGCAAUGAUUGAGCCCUAUUCUUUCCGUGGUCUAAACUACCUGAAGAUUCUAAAUGUGUCUGCAAACUCUCUUAGCACGUUAGAGGAGUCUGCUUUUCAUUCAGUUGGCAACCUGGAAACCCUUGCCUUGUAUGAUAAUCCCCUGGCCUGCGAUUGCCGACUGUUAUGGGUUUUCCGAAGGCGCUGGAGACUAAACUUCAACAGGCAGCAGCCUACCUGUGCCUCCCCUGAGUUUGUCCAAGGCAAAGAAUUCAAAGACUUCCCGGAUGUUCUGCAGCCUAACUACUUCACCUGUCGCAAGUCUAGGAUUAGGGAUCGCAAACCCCAGCAGAAAUUUGUUGACGAGGGAGCCAUUGUUCAUUUUGCUUGCCAAGCAGAUGGAGAUCCUGCUCCAGUGAUAAUGUGGCUAUCCCCACAGAAGAAGUUUAUCACCACCAAGACAAUUGGAAGGCUCUCUGUGUUGCCAGAUGGUACCCUUGAGGUGCGCUACGCCCAGGUUCAAGACAAUGGUACAUAUGUGUGUAUAGCUAGCAACGCAGGUGGAAAUGACACCUCUCUUGCUCACCUGCACAUUCAUAGCUACUCUCCUGACUGGCCACACCAGCCCAACAAGACUUUUGCCUUCAUCUCCAACCAACCCACAGAAACUGGUGCUAACGGUACAAGAGCCAAUGUCCCUUUCCCCUUUGAUAUAAAGACGUUGAUCAUUGCAACCACAAUGGGAUUCAUCUCUUUUCUUGGUGUCGUCUUGUUUUGCCUGGUGCUGCUCUUUCUUUGGAGCAGAGGUAAAGGCAACACUAAGCACAACAUUGAGAUUGAGUAUGUGCCACGGAAAUCGGACGCUGGCAUGAGCAGCAGCACAGUGGAUGCUCCUCGCAAGUUUAACAUGAAAAUGAUUUAACGGAGCUCUGGAAUUUAUUAAUUUUGAACUCAAAAAUAAGACAUGGAAAAGAAGACAUUUUCUUUCCUCCCUUACAAACCUGUGGAUCCUGGUCUGUUAACAUAGAGUAAUAUGUUUUUUCCUGACUGAAGUUCUUAAGAGGAGGGCAGUGACUUUCACAAGUGAGAGGGAUUGAAAGAACACCCAGUGCUACAGUGCACUGGCGGUUUCUACAAGGCCUGUGGGUGCAUUAAUUGAAAGUCAGAUUUGUAAGCAGUUCAUAUUCCUGUGGAUUUAUACUGGGAAAAAUAUAUCAGAAAAGAAAAACACUUCAAACAGCCAGAAUGCGAGGGGCAGAACAUAUUUUGGCCAUUGCUGUUUUUUGUCUUUAUUUUUUAUUGAGUGUUUGUUUUUUGUUUCCAACGUCACAUGUCAAAUUAUGAAUGAGAUUUGUAUGGGUUGAUGAGCACAUUUAUACAACGUUCCUACAUUUCAAGUACAUUAUCAUUAUGAUACAUCAGUGUUACAUUUAUUAAUGCUAUGUGCUACUUAUAAUCUUUUCUUUUCUUUUCUGCAGUGAUGAUAGUUCUGUAAUCCAUCAAAUGUAAAUUUAUGUCACAAUACCUGAUUAAAAUGUGUGGAGUGAAGAGUAUGCCUCGGUAAUGAGCAGAAAUAUAAACAUAGUAUGACAGAAUUAUACUAUGGGAAAUACAAAACUGUUACUGAUGUACUAUAUAAAACUUUCACAGCAGCUAAUUCAUAGCCAUCCUCUGGGCCAAGAAAGUACAAUGAAUGGUAUUGUAAACGGUUUAUAUUGGUUAUUAUGUGACCUAAAAACUGAAUGAUAUACAAAAAUAAGUGCUCUGAAAUCAAUAGAUUCUCGAUAUAGAGAUUGCAUCAGUGCAACUUUUAGUAUUGACACCAAUUCUCAGUACUGCACUGUAAAAAUCAGCGAUAUGUAAGAAUAAUUGUAUUCUUAGAAAGAUAAAAUUAAAAAUAUUAGCAGUAGCAGAAAAUUCUGUUGUGAAAUGUUAAUAUAGGAUUUUAGCACUGGGUAAAUUAUCUGAUAGAGCCUGUUGAGCCCAGUAUCUGAUAUCAGUUUCAGUGUCACUCAUCCCUACUUGUUUUAGAUGUAACUCAGACGUGCUCACAAAUGGAUUGAGAUGCUAUUGAUAUGAUGCACUAUACCAACAAUUGAUGCAACAUGCUACCACUUUCAGUCCCUCCAGGAAGCUGUGACGUUGUGAUCACAAAUUCUUUGCAACCUUGCAAUUUUGUCCAAUCAUUUUAUUCUCCAAAACUGUUGUGUCCGAACAGUUUGAUUUUAUUCUCACUAGAACAAGAUGGCUUUGAUUUUUAAUGAAUUAUACAAUAUUAAUAUCAAUUGCAACUAUUUUUGCAAUCUUACCGUUCUCCUGCAAUUUAAUUGCAAAACAAUGCCUAAAAACAUCAAAUUUAUUUAGAAAAGCUGCCAUGAAAACGGGCAUUUUAGGCCACAACAAUCCCCCCAAAAGCCUGUGAAUCCUGGAGAGACUGCAUUUUGCGAUCAAAGAGAAUGGUUGGUAUUGGUCCCUUGAUAUUAUGAGCGCUUAUCCCUGACUUUUUAAAUUGCAUUUCAAAAACUAUUAUGUAAUGGUAUUAUUUUGUGCUCAACAUGAUUUUGAGGAAUACAAGUUGUGGUGCUCAUGUUUUUGGAUACAAUGUGCUCUUCAAGCUGUAGAAUAUUUCUUUCAUUGUUGGUUAUUUUUCUUGAUUGUUUUAUGAAAUCAAUGAUUUAUUUAUGCAGAUGCUCCCCCCCAUUAAAGCCAUGGAAAUAUAACCUUCCAGGAUCAUUUACAGGUUUGCUAUUCCCCAGAAAUGUGCAGUGUUUGUCAGGGGAAAAAGAACUGUGCAUAUUAUGCUCCCAGUUGGUCCUGCAUAUAAAAUCUGAGGUUACAGCCUUACCUGCUCAAGUACACACUGUGGACAGCUGGGCUUUGCAAAUGUGUGUGAGGAUAAAGGCUAAGUUAUUUAUGAUGGAUGACAUUACAGACAACGCCACAGUAAUGGGCUGGAAGUAUGGACAGAAUAUGCAGAUGGGUAGAGUGACACAGAUGGUUUCACCCAUGGAGCAAUCUGAAGCAGCUUUGGUGUAAUCCGUUUUGCAUAAAGGAAAAAAAAAAAACACUGGAUAUGGCUCAUGGUUCUCCCUCUUGCUGAUUAUGAAUGCUCUCUACGUUCAAAGUGUGGCUACUGUACCUAGCCUUUUUUGGUCCCGAGUGAUCCCGGGAUUCUGUUUUUUGUUUCUGUUAUUCCUUUUUUUAUUUUGACCCUGGACUAUAUUGACCAUGUAGUCCAAGCCAACUUUUUACAAAAAAAAAAUGGUACUAAAAAAGAAAUCUAUGGAAAAUACAUUGAAAUUGUUCUGUGCAAUAAAGGUAAUAUGCAGAUUUUUUUUUUUUUAAUUAACAAAAUUUUGUUGAUGUUGAAUUGUUGAGAAUAUGGUAUGUUGUA